AUGAAGUUUGAAUUUGGUGCCCUUGUCUGCGUUGCCGCUGCGCUAAUGCCAGCUGCUCAGGCCGCCGUUGACAUCACUUUUACCUCGGGAAAGUUCAACCGCCGUGAUGACAGCACUGUUGUGAAGCAGAAGAACCCCGAGUUUGGCAUGAACCUGGCCAACCAGUACAUCAUCCGAAAGGGCGCUGGUCUCCCCCCGGCCAAGGACGUCAAGGAGACUUACCCCGAGUGCAAGUGGAGGCACUACGCUGGCAGCUUUGGCUGGCUGGACGACUACAACGUCCAGUGCUACCUGUCGCCUUCUUACAAGUUCCACGCUCACUCGAUCGCCAAGGCGUUCAAGGCCGAGCCCAGCACCAAGGCUGGCGCUUGCUUUGACACUGCCAACACCGACCAGUUCCCCGAGGGUGUUCCCAAGUACUCGAUUGGUGUUCCUUACCUCUACAUGAACAACCUGUACGACCGACGCUGCAAGGUGCGCGCCAUGGUCAAGAUCCCCAAGACCGACGAGCACGAGGAGAAGUGGGUUCAGGCGUGGGUCAUCGACCACAACCUUGGUAACUGGGACAAGGACGGCAAGGAGAACGACGCGUACCCCAAGGAUGGCGUUCUGAUCGACACCAACAUGUACGAGCAGUUCUUUGACAAGAACAAGAAGGUGCCCGACUACUCCAAGACCGUUCCCGUCGAGUGGUUCUUCCUCGACAUCAACACCGUGGGUUAG